CCGAAAACAUCAAACCACACCCAAUUCACGAUCUUACAUUUCCAUCUGUUACCGUCCAAAGUUCAGUCGUUCCAUGAUCAUAAUUCGAUGAAGACCUGUGAUGAGUGGUAGGCUACUCACUGCGAGGGCCGCACCUUUGCUGCGCCAGUCACCGGCGCGUCUCCUUCAUAACCAUGCCUUCUUGACCAGAGCCGGGGGCUUGCUGAGGCCCAAUCGACAUUUUCCUCAACGAAGUUGGCCACUGGGAUCGAAUUCUAUUCACAAUGUCCCCGCCGCUCGAUCAAUAUCUUUCGCCAGGGUGCUACCCAAACUCGCCCUCAAGAUGGCCCGAUUACCUGCCAUGUUUGGGGCCAGCAUGCUAGCGGGUUUGGCGUACAUUCAGUACCAGGCUGCGCAGGCGGGCAACGCUGCGAUGGAUUUCUUUAAAAGAGCCGGAGAGACAGUAUCAGACACAUCAUCCAGUCUGUUUAGUGGAGCGAAGGACAUUGCAGAUCAGAUUGGGACUGGUUGGCAGCGGACAAAGGACGAGGCACAUUUGCCCGAGUGGUUACAACAACUCCUGGAAAAGGGCGAAGGGUCUGGCAAUGGUGGCAGUUCGGGGCCCGAAGGACCCGACCAUUCGAAGGCUGCUGCGGCAGCUGCUGCUUCUGGGGCUGCACUUGGACUCGAGCAGUCGGAUGAGGAAGACGAGCGCUCAGACCCGGAAGCUGCUAGGGAUGACCAGAUGAUGGUUUUGACGAGGAAGAUGAUCGAAAUUCGAAGCAUACUGAAUACGGUCGGCCAAGGAGGUACCUUGACUCUACCGUCGAUUGUCGUGAUUGGAUCUCAGUCAUCUGGAAAGAGUUCAGUGCUUGAAGCUAUUGUCGGACAUGAAUUCCUGCCCAAGGGAUCCAACAUGGUAACCCGACGACCCAUCGAGCUCACCCUUAUCAAUACACCAGAUGCGAAGGCAGAAUACGGCGAGUUCCCUGCUUUGGGUUUAGGCAAAAUCACCGACUUCUCUCAGAUCCAGCGCACAUUGACUGACCUUAAUCUGGCUGUCCCCGCCGAACAAUGCGUCUCAGACGACCCCAUUCAACUUUCCAUAUACUCACCGAAUGUCCCUGAUUUAUCCCUGAUUGAUCUGCCAGGCUAUAUCCAAGUGUCAGGAAAAGACCAACCACCGGAGUUGAAGCAGAAGAUCUCCGACUUGUGUGACAAAUACAUUCAACCCCCAAAUGUUAUUUUAGCCAUCUCCGCAGCCGACGUGGAUUUGGCAAAUUCUACAGCAUUGAGGGCCAGCCGGAGGAUCGACCCUCGUGGUGAGAGGACGAUCGGUGUAAUUACCAAAAUGGACCUCGUCGAUCCAAUUCGAGGUGCUGAGAUCCUGUCCGACCGAAAGUACCCCCUACGACUCGGGUAUGUUGGCGUUGUGUGCAAAAUACCACAGACCGCUGGCCUGUUCUCUCGCCCUAAUCAAAACGUGACAAGCGCUAUUGUCAAGAACGAAAACGCUUAUUUCUCCGCUCACCCAAUACAGUUUGGGCCUCAGACAGAAUUGGCAGUUGGUACACCUACCUUACGGCAUAAGUUGAUGCAUGUACUGGAACAGACUAUGGCCGGCAGUCUUGCAACCACCCGAGAUGCCAUCAUCCAGGAACUGGAGGAGGCUACGUACGAAUUCAAAGUUCAAUACAAUGAUCGACCGCUCAGUGCCGAAUCAUACCUGGCUGAAAGCCUGGAUAGCUUCAAGCAUUCUUUCAAGGAGUUUAGUGAGCAGUUUGGCAGACCGCAGGUACGAAUGCUGUUGAAGGAAGUUCUGGAUCAAAAAGUGAUGGAUGUUCUUGCCAAGAGGUAUUGGAACAGACCCAUCGAAGAUCUAUCUCCCAUGCAGCUGGAAGCAGAUCCUCUGGCAGAUUUACCAAAGGCCGACCCUGCCUCAUUAUACUGGCAGAGAAAACUCGAUGCAUCGACGUCUGAGUUAACGAAGCUCGGUGUGGGAAGAUUGGCAACUACCGUCGUUGCUUCAGAACUUCAGAGUCAUGUGGACAAGUUGAUCUCCUCCUCAACAUUUGCCGCACACCCUUAUGCACAGAGAGCGAUUGUUGAUGCUUCAUCCAGUAUUCUCAACGAUCGCUUCUACAGUACCAGCGACCAGGUUGAGAACUGCAUCAAACCCUUCAAGUUUGAGAUUGAAGUGGAAGACAAUGAAUGGACCAAGGGCCGGGAAAACAUUGGCCGUGUCCUGAAGACUGAGCUCAAAGCCUGUGAAUCAGCCCAGCGUCAAUUGGAAGACAGCAUUGGCAGGAAGAAGCUCAAGGAUGUCAUUGGCUUCAUUGAUCGUGUCAGGAAGGGAGAUGUUGUCCUUGAAGGGGACGGCGCUGGUGGAGCUGGGGGCUUCUCAUCAGCCUUGUUACAACGAGGUCGAGAAGCUGUGUUUCUCCGCGACCGAGCCGAGAUCAUCAAGAUGCGGCUCAUGGCUGUCAAGUCGAAGCAAUGCUCCAAUCUCAAGAACAAAUACUAUUGCCCUGAGGUGUUUUUGGACGUUGUUGCCGAUAAACUGACUUCUACAGCUGUGCUCUUCCUCAACGUCGAGCUCCUCUCCGAAUUCUACUACAACUUCCCCCGAGAAUUGGACAUUCGGCUUGGCCGGCACCUCAAUCAGGCCGAGAUUGAACGGUUCGCUCGCGAAGAUCCCCGAGUCCGCAAGCAUCUGGAUGUCAUUCGACGCAAGGAGAAGCUGGAACUGGUACUCGAGAAAAUCGAGAGUUUGCGGCAAUUGGAAGGGCGGACGAAGCAGCAUUCCAAGUUACCGCCGGUGGCCAAGGAGAGAGGUCGAUGGAGUUUGUUUUAAGACAUGUCAAGAUACCACGUAUAGUUUUAUUGGUAGCGGGCGUUUGCGUCUGUUCGUAGAUCAUGAUGGAUGUUGUGAUGCUCCUCUCGUAUCCUAGUAUAGAUCUCCGGGGCUCGUCCUUGGGGUUUGUCUCGAC